UCAAGUGCUUGUGAUCAUAGUGUGUUCACAGAUGGCCUGCCGGACAAGUUUUCAAUGAAUAUUCUAGGUCUUUACAGUCAGAUGCCCAAAUUCACGGCAAUUAUGGAUAUAAUUCGUUUGUUAUGGAUAAUACGGAUUGUGUGGGCUGUUGAAGAUGUGUUGAUGGACUCCACGACGGCAACGGCAGAGCUUGGCUGGACGAUAUAUCCAUCACUGGGGUGGGAAGAGGUGAGUGGCUACGACGAGAAGAUGAACACCAUCCGCACCUACCAGGUGUGCAACGUCUUCAACGCCAACCAGAACAACUGGGUGCGCACCAAAUACAUCCAGCGGCAAGGAGCCCAACGGAUCCACGUGGAGAUGAAGUUCUCCGUGCGAGACUGCAGCAGCAUCCCGAACGUCACCGGCUCUUGCAAGGAGACUUUUAAUCUGUACUACUUCGAGUCAGACAAGGACAUAGCCACCAAGGUGUAUCCCGCCUGGAUGGAGAACCCUUGGAUCAAGGUGGAUACCAUUGCGGCCGAUGAGAGUUUCUCCCAGGUGGACCUGGGCGGCCGUGUGAUGAAGAUCAACACGGAAGUACGCAGCUUCGGACCGGUGUCCCAUAAAGGCUUCUGCUUGGCCUUCCAGGAUUACGGAGCAUGCAUGUCGCUCAUCGCCGUGAAGGUUUUCUAUCGCAAAUGCCCCCGAGUUAUUCGGAAUGGGGCCAUCUUUGAGGAGACCUUGUCAGGUGCGGAGAGCACCUCUCUGGUGUCUGCCCGGGGCAGUUGUGUACCUAAUGGAGAGGAAGUGGAUGUUCCCAUUAAACUGUACUGCAAUGGAGAUGGGGAGUGGCUGGUACCUAUCGGGCGCUGUGUGUGCAAGGCCGGGUAUGAGUCUGUGGACAACGGGACUGUGUGUAGAGCAUGUCCAUUUGGGUCCUUCAAAGCAUCUCAAGGGGACCAGCAGUGUCUCCAGUGUCCCAUCAACAGCCGCACUACCAGCGAGGGUGCAACCAACUGUGUAUGCCGCAGUGGAUACUACCGUGCAGACUCUGACCCUCUACAGAUGCCCUGUACCACGGUUCCGUCUGCACCCCAGAGAGUGAUUUCUAGCGUGAACGAGACUUCCCUGCGGCUGGAGUGGGAUCCGCCGAAAGAGAGCGGAGGCCGGGAGGACGUGGUCUAUAACGUCAUCUGCAAGAGCUGCGGUUCGGGUCGAGGGGCCUGCACUCGCUGCGGUGACAAUGUGCAGUUCGUGCCCCGCCAGCUGGGCCUGACCCAUCCCUGGGUCCACAUCAGUGACCUGCUGGCCCACACGCAGUACACCUUUGAGAUCCAGGCUGUGAAUGGAGUGUCUGACGAGAGUCCCUUCUCACCUCAGUUCACCGCUGUCAACAUCACCACAAACCAGGCCGCUCCAUCUGCUGUGUCAAUCAUGCAUCAGGUCAGUCGAACUGUGGACAGUAUCACAUUGUCCUGGUCCCAACCAGCCCAGCCCAAUGGAGUCAUUUUGGACUAUGAACUGCAAUAUUAUGAGAAGAAUACGGCGGAGUCGAACUCCUCUCUACUGCGGAGUCAGACUAAUACAGCAGUUAUCUGUGGCCUGAAGCCAGGGAUCAUCUACGUGUUCCAGGUUCGGGCCAGAACAGUGGCGGGCUUUGGACGUUUAAGUGGGAAGAUGUACUUCCAAACAAUGACUGAAGAGGAGUACAACUCCAGCCUGCAGGAGAAACUGCCCCUCAUAAUCGGCUCUGCUGCUGCUGGUGUUGUUUUUCUCAUCGCUGUGGUUGUGCUCAUUAUCGUCUGUAAUCGGAGAGGCAGUGACAGGACAGAAUCUGAAUACACUGACAAGCUUCAGCAUUACACCAGCGGCCACAUGGCAGUGACUGGUGCUGCAGCUCCCACUGCAGUGCUUCCUGCAAGUCCUGUCUGUCAGCUUCCUGCUACACAGCCCCUGCCAAGUCUGCAGCGUCUUGGAGCUCCAGACCCACACGCCACUGCGUCCGUUCCCAGCGCCGGGCUGCUUUGGUCUGGACGGAACAGGCGCGAGUUCGCCAAAGAAAUAGACAUGACCUGUGUGAAAAUCGAGCAAGUCAUUGGUGCAGGUGAGUUUGGAGAGGUAUGCAGCGGUAAUCUCAGGCUUCCUGGGAAGAGGGAGAUUCUGGUGGCCAUUAAGACUCUGAAAUCAGGCUACACUGAUAAGCAGCGGCGGGACUUCCUGAGCGAAGCCAGCAUCAUGGGGCAGUUUGACCAUCCCAACAUCAUCCACCUGGAAGGAGUGGUGACCAAGAGCACUCCAGUAAUGAUCAUCACUGAAUUCAUGGAAAACGGAUCACUGGACUCCUUCCUUCGGCAAAACGAUGGCCAGUUCACUGCCAUCCAGUUGGUUGGCAUGCUGCGCGGCAUUGCAGCUGGCAUGAAGUACCUCUGUGACAUGAACUACGUACAUCGUGAUCUGGCUGCCCGCAACAUCCUGGUUAACAGCAAUCUAGUCUGCAAAGUAUCCGAUUUUGGGCUUUCUCGCUUUUUGGAAGAUGACACGUCAGAUCCUACAUACACAAGCGCCUUGGGAGGGAAAAUUCCAAUACGAUGGACUGCUCCCGAGGCCAUUCAAUACAGGAAGUUCACAUCCUCGAGUGAUGUGUGGAGCUAUGGCAUCGUAAUGUGGGAGGUCAUGUCCUAUGGAGAGCGACCUUACUGGGACAUGAGCAAUCAAGAUGUAAUGAAUGCUAUCGAGCAGGAUUAUAGGUUACCUCCUCCUAUGGACUGUCCAAAUGCACUGCACCAACUAAUGUUAGACUGCUGGCAGAAGGACAGAAACAACCGUCCGAAAUUCAAUCAGAUUGUUAACACUCUGGAUAAGAUGAUCCGUAAUCCUGGCAGCCUGAAGGCCACCACCCCUCUCUCUUCAGGCAUACAUCUACCUCUGCUGGACCGCAGCACACCAGACUUCUCCAGCUUCAGCACAGUGGAUGAAUGGCUGGACGCCAUCAAAAUGGGCCAGUACAAAGAGAACUUUGCCAAUGAAGACCUCACUACCUUUGAAGCCGUGUCUCAGAUGACUAUGGAUGACAUUCUGAGGGUGGGAGUCACACUGGCAGGCCACCAGAAGAAGAUUCUCAAUAGUGUGCAGAUGAUGCGAGCCCAAAUGAACCAGGUCCAGUCGGUGGAGGUUUGAUUCUUAAGAGUGGAGGAUUGGGACCAGCCUGUGCACACCAGACCCCUGUGGACCUCCUCACAGAAAGACGCCCCCCCCCUCAGCGAGCCCUGUGUCCAGAGCCCAGCAGUAGUCACUUUCUCUGGGGUUGAUCAAGAACAGAUCCCUGCAAGACCGCUAUGGUCUCGAUACAGUACCAGCACACUGAAGGCAAGCUGUAGUCUUUGCAAUGGCCAAAAUUAUCCAUAAAUGUCAUUCUGGCUACAUUUACAUGCAAGUUUAUAUUCCAGUAUUAUCUCUGACUUUGCAGUAUUUCUAAUAAACCACAUAAUUGUUGGUAUAUCUAUUAUUUAAUAGACAUUUAAAAAUACAUUUCUAAUUUAAGG